AUGCCGUGCAUCUGUCCACCACCCCCAUCAGGAGGCCAGGCUUCCUACUCCAGAGAAAGUCAGGACUCUGCCCCACGGGACACAGAGGCCAGCCCCAGCAAUCUGCUAUGCAGGUCCAGAGGCAGCCAGAUUGCCCUGUUGCCCAAGGAGAACCAGAUGUUCAUGGAGGAGGCCUACACCAUCUGCUGCAAGAUGCUCCAGGCCACAGGCACCUCAGACCCUCUCCACCUCAAAGACCUCAUCAAGAAGAGCAAGAGGAUGGCUCGGAAGUCCCCCAACCUGGUGAUGGAAAGCAUCCGUGACUACUUCAAAGCCAACCCAGAGGCUGAGUUUGAAGGGAGGAAAGUGGACCCACUUUUGUCCAUCACCCUCCGGACAUUCUUACUCCAGCCGGCACAAAUUGAGACCUGGCAGAAGUGUUUCAUGCAGCUGGCCCUGGAGCACAUGACCAAAUCCACAGAGCUGGACGACAUAUACCAAGAUGCAGCCAGCAACGUGCUACUGGCCCUCUGUCGGCACUUGUGGCAGGCAGUGGCCCAGCACCUGAAGACAGAGCUCCUGACUGGUGUCUUCCCACACCACAGCCUGCUAUAUGUGAUGGGCACCCUGUUCUCUCAGGAAGAACUUCUCCAAAAGGAAGAGAGAGCAAGCUGGAAAGACGUGCUGACCCAGAUGGCCAGCAAGUCGGUGCCAUUCCUGAACACAGAUGUGUGGUCCAAGGAGUUGCUAUGGACACUUACCAAGUCUAGCCAGAUCCAGCAAGUGCAGACCCCAGAGAAGGCCUUCCGGUCCUACUACGGGCUGAUCCUUCAAGCAGAGGAGGACAGCACCACUGUCAGGACACACCUGAAGACCCUCCUGGAAACAUCUCACCAGUGGCCCAAGCAGCGGGAGGGUAUUGCUCUCACAGUGGGAUUGGCUGCAGUCCUCCACUUGGAGGACACCUGGUCCAUGCUGGAACAGUUUGGGCAGAGCACACCCAUCAAGUGGAGCCUGCAGGACUUCUCUCUGACGAGCCCCAAGCACCUGUGGUGGAAAUGGGCCAGAAGCACCAUCCUCCUCUCCUACAGCCAGAUGGCAGCCAAGGCCAAGAGCCACAUCCUGCCAUGGGUGGACAACAUCUUAUCCAGGAUGAUCUUCUUCUUCCGCUUCAGCACCUGCGAUGAAAUCCUGAAGCACAGUUUCCUCAACGCCAUCCUGAGGCUGGUAGGGGCCAUCGGCCAGAGCGAAGGUGCCCACAGCUAUGUGUUCUUUCAGACUUGCCAGGUCCUGGAGUGUCUGACGAUGGUGACAGAGAAGGAACUACAGGACACACUAUUCACCAGCAGCCGUCAGCGUCUCCACAUCGUCUCCAGCCUCUGUGCGCUGAGGCCACCCAUGGACAUAGACAAGAAAUCCCGGCUCCUCACCACCUGCUUCCACAGCAUCUUUGUGCUGCUGCUGUUGGACGCCCUGGAGAAGCACACAUGCCUCUUCCUAGAACCACCCAAUAUCCAGGCACUGUACAGCCAGACCAUGGAAGCACUGGACCACAUGCUACAGAUUCAGAAGCCCACAGCCGAUGAGCUGCACUUCCUGCUGUUGCAUCUGCACGUCUGGCUGGCAUCUGAGAAGACUCAUGAGUGUCAACGGGCUAUGCACAGGUGCACAGCACUCCUCAAAUUCCUGAACUAUGAACACUGCAUACAUACAAAGGAAAACUUUAGAAGGACCGGGCAGCUGGUGGCCAUGCUGGAGCUUCUAUGCCAGAACCCAGAUAGGACCACACAGCACUCAAGUCUGCAAGCAAUAGGCCACCUCUACCAGCUUCUGAUAUACCAGAAGGACCCCACCCCCACCCCCAUGGCCCUCACCCUUAUCAUGCUUUGGCCAGCAGAAGACACUCCAGCGGCAGAGGGAGAGACCUCCCAGGGGCUCUCCCAGUCUGAUGCUGGCAGAACUGCCCUCUGGAGCAGUGGAGAUCAGAGGGGUACUCUCCCAACUCCCAAGAAGAUGAUCUCCUCAAACGACAGCAUCUUCCAUCUGGGCAGCUCCCAAGCCAUCAAGGAGAUCACGAGUCAUCUCUUGAUGACAGAGCUGACUGAUCUCAUCUGGACAGUCAUCGAUGGUCUGGGAUCCACCAGCCCCAGCCAUGUACAAGCAGCUGCCGAUUUGCUUUUCCUUGUCAUCCAGGAGCAUGGAGACGACCUGGUUGGCAAAAUGGGCCAAAUCAUCUACCACCACCUCUGUGCCAUUCACAUGCCCCAAGCCAAGGAAAGCACUCUGCGUGCCAUAACCCUGCUGGCCCAGAACCACAUCCCAGAGCUGGUGGCUGCAUUCCUGGACUUUUCCACUCCCCUGGACAGCGAUUCCUUCUGCCUGUGGAGGGCCCUGGGAGCCGAGGAGCCUGCAAGCCACCUGGUGCUGGCCAUGCUGCUGGCUUGGCUAUAGAGGAGGCCCCUGUCCACUGGUGCCAGCAACAACGCUCCUGUCCCAAGGAGAAGCCCUGCUUCUUUCUCCAUCAGCCCAUGCCCUGUGUGCGCACCCUGGGACGGGCGCCUGCUUGCUAAGGCCAUGAACACAAUUCACGAGCUGCAGUUCGCACAAGAGUUCAAGAAGGCCGUGCGGGAUUCCUUUCCCCAGCUGUUUCUGUCCCUUCUGUCCCAAGUACACUAUGUCCUGGAGCUGAACCUACCCACCGAGUCUGAACAGGGGCAGAAGGCCCAGGAGGCAGCCAUGCCAAGCCCCCAGAGCUGUAGCACAUCGCUGGAGACACUGAAGAGUCUGCUGUCCACCAGCGGGCACUGGCAUGGCUUUGCCCACCUGGAGCUGCAGAGUGCCUGGGAGCACUUCGCCUCCAUCCACACCUACCCACAGGCCGUGGGCCUCCUUGCCAGGGCCAUGCUGCAAAACCAGUGCAAACAGAUCAAGGCAGUCCUCGGCUACCUGCUGCCCAGCCUACGGAACCAGCAGGAGCAGGAGAGGAAGACAGCCAUCCUGGUCCUUGUUGAGUUCCUCUACAGCCCUGCUCUGUUGGAGAUGCUUUCCAAACAGGCUGCCCUCACUGUGCUGGCUCAAGGCCUCCAGGACACCAGCCCUGAGAUCCGUGUGGCUAGCUUGCAGGGCCUGGGAGACAUUCUCUCCCACCCGGAGAAGGAAAGUCUGUUGUGAGGGAAGCUGCCAGCCCUCCUCAACGGCUUAUUCCAGAACAGCGAGCCGACGGUGGUGGGCAUUAUGGGCAUGGUAUCAGAUGUGCUGCACUGCCUGGGCUCACAGGGCACAGACGCUCAGAGCCUCAGCGUCGCCACCAAUGCCUGCUUCUUCUUUGAUUAUGAGCGGGACAAGAUUCAAGCAGCAGCCAUGGCAGACAAGGAGCUGAGCGGCCUGCAGACCCAGGUGUGCCAGAGCAUGUUGCUCCUGCACCUGAAGGACCAGUGUCCAGCUGUUGUCACGCAGGCCAAGUUCACUUUCUACCGCUGCGCGGUGCUGCUCCGUUGGCAGCCACGGCACACCCUGUCCUGCACACUGGCCCGGGAGACUGGCCUCAGUGCCCGCCACUUCCUCUGGUCCUGCCUGAUGACCCACAGCCAGGAAGAGUUCAGCAUCCACUUGUCACAAGCCAUCAACUACCUGCACAGCCACCACCACCACAUUAAGACCUGGGCAGCACUCUUCAUAGGGCACACUACCUGCUACCAACCCCAGGCUGUGUCACAGAUGGUGAAUGAAGAGGACAUCAAGCUGCUGUUCUGCACUUUUAAAGACCUCAAAAAAGACUCAGAGCCUGGCACCCAGGAAUUUGCCACCAGACAGCUCUCUUUCCUUCGAGAGGUGUCAGCCAGACCGAAGAAAUGA